AUGGUCCACUCUGAAGAAGAUAACUCAAUCAAGCUUGAAUUAAGUUUAGAUGAUCACCCAAACUCAAAUAUCAACAAAAUUCAAUCACCCGUUAUAGUAACAACAGGAAAAUCUGAAUUACAAACAACAACAAGAUCAAUAGGUAUAAGAAAAAUUGAAGUAUUAAAUUCACAAUUUGAUAAUCGUAUUUUAAAGGUCCUUUUCUUUUUCAGUGUUUUCAUUGCAUCUUACGCUUAUGGACUUGAUGCCAUUAUAAGAGGUAAUUUACAAGUUUAUGCAACUUCAUCAUACAAUCAACAUGCAUUAUUUUCAACAGUUAGUGUUAUGCAAUCAGUGAUUAGUGCAGCUGGUCAACCUUUUUAUGCUAGAUUAUCUGAUAAAUUUGGUAGAUUAGAGUUAUAUUUAACUGCUAUGGCAUUUUAUAUAAUUGGUACUAUUUUACAAUCACAGGCUUAUGACAUAAAUAUUUUUGCUGCUGGAUCAGUAUUGUAUACUUUGGGUAUAACUGGCAUGGUCACCAUAAUUUUAAUAAUGAUGGGGGAUUUUUCAAAUUUAAAUUGGAGAGUUUGUGUGAAUUAUAUACCUGGUAUUACUUUAGUGAUAAAUACUUGGAUAUCUGGAGAUAUUGUAUCUGCUGUUAUUUUAACAUCUUCAUGGAAUUGGGGUAUUGGAAUGUGGGCGUUUAUAUCACCCUUAGCAAGUUUGCCUUUGAUAGGUUUUUUAGUUCAUAUGCUUUUAAAAGCUAAAAGGACUGAAAAAUGGAAAAGCUUGAUGGUUGAAGAAAAAGAAUUAAUUCCAUAUUCAAAAAAGACCUUAAAAUAUUGGAGAAAUUUGUGUAUUAAUUUAUUUUGGGAUCUAGAUGUUGUUGGUCUAUUAUUACUUGUUAUUGUUUUAGGAUUUAUCUUAGUUCCAUUUACACUUGCUGGUGGUACAAGUUCGAAAUGGGCAAGAGCUUCAACUAUUGCACCAUUAUCAAUUGGUGUUACAUUCUUGCCUUUGUUUUUUUUUUGGGAAAGAAAAGUUGCUAAAUCUCCAAUUAUGCCAUUUGCUUUAAUGAAAGAUAGAGGUGUUUAUGCUGCUUUGUUGAUUGCAAUUUUUGUUAAUUUUAUUUGGUACAUGCCUAAUGAUUUUAUGUAUACCGUUUUAGUGGUUGGAAUGAAUGCUAGUGUUAAAGCAGCAACAAGAAUAACAAAAUUAUAUACCUUUGUUGGAUGUAUUGUUGGACCUUUAGUUGGUUUAGUUGUUGUAAAAGUACGUAGAGUUAAAGCAUUUAUCAUUUUUGGUUGUUCAUGUUGGGCUGUAGCUUUAGGUAUAUUGUUCCAUUUUAGAGGUGCCAAUGAUGGUAUUGAAAGUGAAAAAUACUUGAACGGUGUAAUUGGUGGUUUAUGUUUAAUGGGUUUUGGUGCUGGUUUUCUUACUUACUCAACUCAAGUAAGUUUAUGUUCAGUCACAAAUCAUGAAUAUAUGGGGAUAAUUAUUUCUAUACAUCUAUCAUGCUAUUACAUUGGAUCAGCAUUAGGUAAUUCAGUGAGUGGAGCAAUAUGGACAAACAAGAUGCAUGGAGUCAUAUUGGAAAAUAUGGAACAGAUGAAUAUUUCAAAUGCUACAGCUUUAGCUAGCUAUGCUUAUGGUUCACCAUUUGAAUUUAUUUUAGACAACACUUGGGGAUCACCAGAAAGAAUAGCAGUUGUUGUUUCUUAUGCAGAAGUUCAGAAAUAUUUGUGUAUUGCUGGGUUAGUUUUAUGUAUUCCUAUGAUAAUUUUUCCAUUUUUAUUGAGAGAUCAUAAAUUAGAAUCAGUUCAAUCUUUGGAGAUGAGCCAUGAUCAUGAAAAUCAAGGUAUUCAAAGAAAUGGUGCUAUUGUUGUUAAUAAUUAUGACGAUGACCCAAUUUUAAAAUUUAUAAUUAAAAUGUUUAAAUUUGUUUUCAGAAGAUCCUGA